AUGUCAAUAUCGGGGCUCAUCAGGCCAAUUGCCAAUCGCGCAGUGCAUGUGCGGCUGCAUCCUCGUGUAGAGACGCUGGCCGAGAGUCGCGAGAUUCUUCGCCUGAUGCAGACGUUCGGACGAGUCGAAAUGUUCCGCAACUUCAAGUACGACGCGCAGCCGCUGGCCAACAGCAUGAUUGCCAUCUACGAGUCCGACGACGCCGCCCGGAAGCUCCUUGAAGAGUCGCCCCUGCGUUUUGUCAUGAGCCCCGAAGGCUCGCCUGAAGGACAACAGAGGCACUACCAGCUCCAGGCCAACCCCUCGACCUUCCACCACCGCGAUCACAUCGACCAAUCCGUCUACAAUGGCUCCUACAAGGUUUCGAACAGGAGUCUCGUCCAAGAAGACUUGGCCAAAACCGUCCCCAUGCUGGGCCUGAGCGAGUUCACGCUGAGGAAGCCGGAAAAGCCGUGGAGAGUGCUGCGCCGCGACAAGGAACGCGAAGAGACUACAAAGACUUUGAGGCACCUCCUCGAGGAUGCCCCUACUUCCAAUUGA